GGCAGGGCGAGGGCGGCUCCGGCCCCGCGCUCCCCCCGCUCGCUGCAAGAUGGCGGCGGGAGCCGAGCGCGGCGCGGGGUUGCCCGCGGAGCCGCCGCCGCUGUGCCCCGAGGAGGUGGCGAGGCGGCUGGAGAGCACCCGCCGCGAGCUCAGCAACCGCCGCAAGAUCCUGCUGAGGAACCUGCCGGCCGAGAGCAGCAGCCAGGAAAUCCACGACUUGUUUAAAGAUUAUGAAAUCAAGUAUUGUUAUGUGGACAGAAAUAAAAGAACAGCAUUCGUUACUCUGUUGAACGGAGAGCAGGCUCAGAGCGCCAUUCGGAAAUUCCACCAGUAUUCCCUGCGUGGAAAAGAGAUAUCUGUGCAGCUCCAACCCACGGAUGCCUUGCUGUGCAUCACUAAUUUGCCCAUUUCAUUCACCUUGGAAGAGUUUGAAGAACUCGUGCGUGCCUAUGGCAACGUGGAGAGAUGUUUCUUGGUGUACAGUGAGGUCACUGGCCAUUCCAAGGGCUAUGGCUUUGUGGAAUACAUGAAGAAGGACUCUGCUGCAAAGGCCAGGCUGGAACUUCUGGGGAAGCAGUUAGAGGAGAGCACUCUGUUUGCACAGUGGAUGGAUGUGAACCAGCUGACCACAAACCUUAUUCACUCCAAGUGCCUUUGUGUAGAUAAAUUACAAAAAGACUGUGCUGACUCAAAAGAACUGAUUCAGGCUUUCUCCCUGAAGUACAAACCUGUGUUCUGCCAGUUUGCCCAGGAUGAGGACGGUGGCACCGGGGACUUCGCCGUGGUCGAGUACGAGAGCGCGGAGCAGGCGGAGAAGGUCCGGGAGCUCACGGAUGGAAUGACCCUCAAAGGGAGAAGAGUCCAGGUGUCCUACUGUGCCCCUGGAGCGCCAGGAAGGAGCACCUUGGCAGCACUUAUAGCAGCCCAGAGGAUGAUGAGGAACAAUAGGAAAGGCUUGCUCCCAGAGCCAAAUCCAGUGCAGAUCAUGAAGAGUUUUAAUAAUCCAGCAAUGUUGCAGAUGCUGCUGCAGCCCCAAUUGCGUGGCCACGCUGUUAAACCUGUUCUUGGAGCAUCUGCAGCUUUACCUCACCUUAUAAAUUCGGCAGUUGGCCCCCCUUUUUUGCAGCUGAACAAAGUUCAUCAGAGCUCAAUUCUGGGGAGCACAUCCAACCUGCUGCUGCAGAGCCCUGCCCACCUGCCACUGCCCCAGCAGCAGCUCCUGAAGAUGGAAAACAUCCAGGCUAACAGUAAACCAGGUUUGCUGGGAGAACCUCCAACAAUGCUCCUCCAGACAGUGCUGGGAAUAGGGAUGAUGCCAGCAGUGAGCUCAGGAAUGGGAACCCGAGGAGAAGCUCUGAAGUCAGCAGCAGGGAUGGGCAUGCUGCCAUUCUUCCCGAAUCAGCACAUUGUUGGACAAGCCAUCCCAGGGCAAAAUAAUGCUCCAGACAAACCCUCUCCGGGCGAAGCCGUUGUGUCGGGAUCACAGCCUUAUCCUCAGACCUUGACAACCCUUCCUGCUGCAGCUCUGAGGGCUGGACACACCAAACAACAGAACCAGCUCAAAAGCACUGACACAACUCUGGGGACUCCCUUGAAAAAACAGACUUCACUGCUUGGGGAACCACCAAAAGAAAUUCGUCUGAGCACCAACCCCUACUUGAAUUUGGCAAGUGUGUUGCCUGGGAUGUGCCUGCCAGCAGCAAUUGCCAGCAAAGCCUCCAAUCCACAGCAGCAGACUGGCCUUCCAAACAAUGUGGUGGAUGCUGCUGUGUCUCAGGGAACUGCAUCACAACAUGCAAUGGAGAACUAUUUCAGUUACUCUCAGCAGCCUGGGGAGUACACACAGGAGGCUGUUCAGCAGUGGUAUCAUUAUGCUCAGGCACAUCACUCUACCCAGGCCAGAGUGGAUGGGUUUGAAAAUGAAGCCUCUGAGGUGACUCCAGCCCGGAGUGAGAAGCGAAGCUCCUCGUACCUCAUUUCCUCCCCGGAGCCCGGCCCUGUGGAAUUCCCGGCUCCGGGAUCCACAGUGCGUUACACAGAGUCCUCCCUCAAAAAAAAACGUGUGUAUUGAGCCUGGAACCCUCCCUCCUGCCUGGAGGGGACAAGGCAGGCCUGGACCUCUGCUAUUUAUUGCUGCCUUAACUCCACACACAUCAUCCUGCUCCCUGGGUGGCUGUGGUGGCCCAGGAGGAGCCCCCUCUGUCACACCACAUCCAAGGACACGGUACGUAUGUGAGGGAUGGCUGGUCCUUGGUGGUCUCACUUUCCCUUGGGACAAGAGGGGACAGUGUUGGCUUUGUCACCUGCCCCACAGAGCAGCUGAGGGCCAGAGCACAGUGACUUGGGAGCUGUGGCAGCUCCACCAGCUGAAAGCAAUAAAUCCCUGAGGAAGGAAAGCUGAUCCUUUCUCCAGUCCUCAGGCUGAGGAACUUAAAAGAGGAACUCUUGAUAGUAAUUAUUUUGUAUUUUUUUAACUCAGAAUGUGUGGGUUUUUUCCAACCUGACUUUUUCCAGGAUUAAGAGUUCUGCAUUUACAGCCUUGGCAUUUUUAAUAUUUCCUCUCAGUCCUGGAAUGGAGUGAUACCAAAUGUACUCCCAGAGCCUCGGUGAUGUUCUCAAUAAAUGGCUGGUAAAAGGAAGAUGUAAUACUGUGCUGCCUUGGAAUUUUCAGUGGCAUUUGGAUAGGUGACAGUUGGACAGUGGAGUAACCUUUAUCUGCUUUUAGGCUGAGAAUCCACAGCUUUUCCUGGGAGGCAGUGAUUUCCAGUGUGUGGAUGUACCCGUCUAACACAGGGGGUGUGGUGAAGCCCCUCCUCCUUCCACAGGUGUGUGGGACAGCUGAGCCAGGUGUGUCCCAGCUCUUCCAGGGCCACCCACAGCCAUUGUUUCCCAGAUUGAGUGUAUUUUCCUUUUUCCCUUCUUUUUUUUUAAGACUUCUUAUAUUUUUAGCUUAUUCAUUAAGAAUUGUUCUUUUCUGCUGUCAGUCUUUAUAGUUAAAGAUUAGCAAUCCGUACUUUUGCAGUCAGUGUUGAGAGGUAAAGGAGGAGCCAGCCCUCAUUCCAAGGAAUCCUUGGAAUCCUUUGCCUUGGAAUCAUGCAGCAAAUCCAUUUGGACUGAGUUCACCGAGGCCACAACCUUCCUUACUCUUCCUAGUUAAUACUGAAGCCAUUUUUCAAUAGUGAUUUUUUUUAAAUAAAAAAAAAAAAGUUUUAAACUUUGCCUUCCAGGCUUUGGGAUGUGAUCAGGAUCCGUAUUUUCAAAGCUUAAAAACAAAAAAUUCCAAUCACAAUCCCUCCUCCCUCAGCUGCUGGGCUCUGGAACUGGCCCACCCUUUGUGCACAAACAGAGAACAGGAGCCUUUCUGGGAUUCUACCUGUAUGUAUUGAUAAAUUCACUUGUAAUAUUUUGUUCCAACUGUUUGUAUAUGCAACUUUCUCAACUUGUUACACUUUUCAAUGAAAAUAAAUUGUUGAUACAUAUUUAAA